CUGGCAACCAGGUGUGUUUAACAGCCCGUUCAAACGGGUGGCGUCAGAAUGUGGGACAGAUAGGCUUGUCUUCUGUCUCUGAUGAACGCAGUCAGGGGUUCCUACAGCACAGCACAGGGCGCUGUGUACGCGUGUCUGUGUCUGUUAGCGUGAACAGGCAACGCUAUGAACAGACCGCGGAUGAGGACUAGAAGUUUAGAGGAACAAGGGCAGUGAUUUGAAUUUAAGGAAGCUCAACAGAACUACAGCCAGCUGCAUGUGAAGAACAUCUGUGAGACAAAGGAAUUUAAACAUCCCCAAAAAUAUCACAAGCAGAAGCAGAGGGCGGAAGUGUGUCACAGUGCCUGUGGUUUGCUCAGCCGCAGCAGUCCCCCAAGUGGCUAGCAGCUCUGACGCACUGGUUACUCACAGCCCCUAGUCCAUCGGCAAGCACCCCCUGCCUUUCACACCCCUCCAGCUGCCAAACCUCGCCUGACGUCCUCCCAGUCCCAGCCCGGCCCGACCCGGAGACGACCAAGGCCCCUCGCACAGUCCCAUCAUCCUCAGCAGGUAUGGAAGGCCUCAAGAGGAACCAUCUUCUGGUGAUCACUGCGAUCCUGGGACUGGUAAUGCAAGUCAUCGCGCAAAAUAAUAGCACAAUCCCAAAUCCAUCACCUUCACCAGAAACGAAUUCUUUCAAUACAAGCUCCCUUACAGAGAAGUCCGCCACUUCGCCUUCUCAAAAUUCUUCUACACAAUCCAAAACGAGCAUCUGCAGUACCGCCACCCCAUCACGCAAACCAGGGUGCCAGUCGGAGGCCUUUUACCUGCAGUGUGUAUUUACAGAAGGACAAGUCCUUGAUCUGCUUACAGUGAGCGCCGUCAUUCUGGCUUUCGUCAUGCUGCUGCUGUCCACCACUGUGCUGUCCUGCAAGCUGUGCUUCCUGAAGCGGAGGUCCGGGCGCAGCCGGCCCACCCGCACCAACGUCGACCUGGUGGCCGGCCAGAGCUACCGGCCCCAGGGCGGCGGCGGCGGGGGCGACGCCAGCGAGCCGGGCAAGGAGGCAGGGCUCUCCGAGACCAGCGUGAUGAUGGCAGAGCUCCAGCCCCAGGCCGCGCCCGCGGAGAUGGAGCAGGCAGAGGGGGGCCCUGCCAAUGGCACGCAGGACCCCGGGAGCACCGCGGCCGCCGGCGACCCCGAGAGCAACAGCGCGGCGCCCCCCCCCGAGGAGCCCAGCCCCUCCACCGCUGAGGAAAUAGGGGACAUCAUCCUGGUGGCGUAAGGCAGCCUAGCGGUGGAUUUGCACAAACACGACCCGCGCGAGACCAGCCGGGCGGCAGGAGAAGGUACGAGAACCAAACCCCCCUUGUUCUCUCUCUCCGCUCGGGAGCGUGGGUACUCCCGCUCGGAUACACAGGACGCCAUUCCCAUCGCGCCUUUACGGCCAGCAGCCCGCCUGUCGCCGGUCGUGCGUGUGUAAAUCGGCCUUCACACUGCAAUCUCUUUACCCUAUCCCUCAAAGAGACCCCAUAGCUUAGUCCGUAUUUUGUUAGAAUAAUUUCAAUGCUCUUUGAAACAGCUUUUCCCAAAACCUUUAGAUGCAGUUCAAGAGUGCUCCUGGACUCUCACUCCACGGAUCAGUGGACACAGACUCCUGACCCCAGAACACUCCUCUCAGUACAGGGAAAGUGUGAGUGCACAUUCUGCGUGUGUGACACAAUCGUGCAAUUCAAGCGCCUGCUUCUUCUGUUCUUUAUGCCAUUUCAUGAUCAUCUCGAGCCCUUCAGCUGGGAACCUCUGGUAAAUGAACCUCAGAAAGCGACGCACCACUCCUGCACAUGAAGCAGCUGUAGACGCAGUAGGAGUUCAAUUAGGGGAAUAACAACUGGCCACCAUUAAACCCAAACUCAGAACCUAGAUCACUGACUCCAGAACAGAACUUAUCGUGCUGAGGGAAAGUGGAAAGUGGAAAGAUUGUGGUUUAGGAACGCUUUGUAAAUAAUGCCAACUAAAUGUUAUACUAAAGGACACAAUUGUAUCUCCCACAGCAGCAUUAUAGUACAAGUAACCAGGAUAACUUAAGAUUUGUUGUAAAAACUUUUUAACUGCUUUAAUAUCUAACAAGGAAAAUGAAAAGCUGGUACUACACUUUACAUUGUGAAUGGGACAACUGAUUUAAAAUAGCUGAUUAUUUUUGAUUCGUGAAAGGGUAAUUUGUCUUCAUGUAAGCUUGUCAAAUGAGGUCUGCAAUAAAUAUUACUGCAAACUGCAUUCUAACAUCGCUCUCCAUCUCUUGUCUCUCUAAUGCUGAAUUGACACAUAUUAUUGUUGUGAAUUUACGUUGCUUCUUCGCUUGUCUUAAAUUAGCAAGGUUUAAAAUGAAAUAAAACUCUAAACAAUACAAUGCAAAA